AUGAACGCUUUACUCCGAAGUCGGCGUCUUCUUUCCCCGGGGAAAUCCAUCUUCGAUCGGAUGUCCUCUCUCGAUAUCACCGGCGGUUUUGUCGUCCCACGCGCGGUGAUGGACCACGCUUCGUCGUCGUCGUCCUCGUCGAGGAUUCAUUCGCAGACGACGAAUGAUACGCAUCGUUUUUCGAUGAUGAAAAGCAGUUUUAAACGCGAGUACUCGAAAUCUCUCGGCACCGAGGGCGGCUUAAAACCGGACCAAGUGUUAGUCCCGGAAAGCUACGUGGUUUUAGACCGGAAUUCGAGAAAUCAAAACGGAAGCGACGAGGAGCAUCAGCAACCUGAUGGAGAAACGAAAGUGAAAAUUAGCACGAAGAACGUCUUCGCGGUCGUCUCGAUCGGGUCGCAUCAGCACAAAGUAUCUCCGGAUGAUUUGUUCUUCGUAGAAAAGCUCCACGGCGCGCACGUGAACGACGUGGUGGAACUGCCGAGAGUGUUGAUGGUCGGGAGCAAAACGAAGACGAUUGUGGGGAGACCGGUGGUGGAGAACGCGCGGGUGACGUGCUUAGUGGAAGAGGUUUUGCGAGACGAGAAGACGAUUAUAUUUAAAAAGAGAAGGAGAAAGUAUUCGAGACGAUGGAACGGCGCGAGGCAAACGAUGACUGGUUUAAGAGUGUUAGACGUAGAAGGCAUCGACGAAUAG